UACAAUACUGUUGUACAACACUCAAUCACUUAUGCACGCACUGACUCACUCACUCUAAAACCAUUCGCUUCUCAAAUUAACAGACGUUCCGGACUCACCUGUAACUGAGAUUUUGCAUGUCACACUAACCAGGUCACGAUGCGAGAUAUCACUGGUGUAACAGCGUCUGUGUGUACACCCCAGUGCAGUGUCCAUAGUACAACUGUAGAGUCAGGUAUAAGAAUGCGGACAGGAAAGAGACUUGCAUUUGCAACUCUUGUGACGUUGUUGCUUGAGUUGCAUAUUGCCAAAACACAGAAAGUGUCAACUCAAGAUGGCCCAGUCCUUGGGCAACGCCUGUCAGUGUUGGGCAAGUCCAUUGACGUAUUCUAUGGAAUCCCAUACGCCAAGCCUCCUGUAGGCGAUCUCCGCUUCAAAUACCCACAACGUUCAGAGUCAUGGGGACCGGAAGUUAGGGAUGCACAGAAACCGACGCCAUCUUGCUUCCAAAUUAAAGAUGCUCUUGACACAGAUGAGACUCACAAACAGAUACCCGAAGAUUACAGUGAAGACUGCCUUCAUCUUACAGUGUGGGCACCGUCAGACAAUGGUGGCAAUCUGGCAGUGAUGGUGUGGAUCUAUGGUGGAGGGUUUGUUAGUGGAUCUACACGAAUGCCACUGUAUGAAGGAAAAUACCUUGCAGCAGAGAAUGACGUCAUCGUUGUUUCAAUGAAUUACAGAUUGGGGCCUUUAGGGUUCAGGCUACCUCGGGCCAGACACCAUCCCUGGCAACAUGGGCUUGAUGGACCAACGACUGGCCUUACAGUGGGUGAAAGACAAUGUUGCCAACUUUGGUGGAGAUCCAUCCCGAGUCACCAUAUUUGGAGAAAGUGCUGGAGGCGUCAGCGUGAGUCACCACCUGGUGUCACCACUGUCACGUGACUUGUUUGACAGAGUCAUCAUGCAGAGUGGGGCCCCCAAUAGCCCUUGGGCAUACACCAUACCUCAAACAGCAACAGUGAGAAUAAAGAAGAUUGCUGAUCACUUUGAAUGUCCAUCUUCAACUGACGCAGACAUA